AUGGCAUUCCGAUUUGCUGGUAUUCGCUUUGCACAGCCGCCAUUGGAUGAACUUCGCUUUAAGCCUUCACAGCCGUUGAACAAAACAGAGUCCUAUACCCGUGGGGCAAUAGUGAGGACUGCCUGUAUAUCAACGUCUAUACACCACAUAUCCCGUCGUCGGCCACCACUCCCGACCCCGAACAAAGAAAAGCCUGUAAUGUUCCGGAUCUAUGGUGGUGGAGGUACACAAGGGUCUGGUGCAGACUUGACAUUUGAUGGUGCGGGUCUCGCGUCUAGAUCUGACGUUGUUGUCGUCACUUUCAACUACCGUGUCAACAUAUUCGGUCUCCUUUCUCUGGAUGAUGAAGAGAUAUCCGGCAACUACCAUAUCUCAGACUACAUCUCAGCCUUACGCUGGGUCAAGCAAAACAUUGCAGGAUUCGGAGGAAAUCCUAACAACGUCACCGUCUUCGGGCAAUCUGCUGGUGCAGAAGCAGCCUACGAUCUAAUAACCUGCCCUGCUAUAUUUGGUGAGAAUCUAUUUCAGAAUGGCAUUAUCCAAUCUGGAAAGUCAAAUACCGCCACGCAGGAGGUAGCCGCUGCGAUAAUCAAUCCUUAUAUCGAACCAUACUGCAACGGAACGGCUACAGAACGUGCCUCAUGUCUCCGCUCACUCCCAGCAGAAACACUCCUAGAUAUCAGCAACAACACCGCUAGUUGGUACACAGUGAUGGAUGGAGUCUACUCAAUGGACUAUACACAAGCAAUUCUUGGACUCGGAGCCCAAUACAUUAACUCGGUGAAUGUCAUAGCCGGGAACAUGCUUGAAGAGUUUCAAUCACUAGCUACAACAUCACUAUGGCCCAGCAUGGACAAUUUCACCGAAGCGGUCGAGAUCUUCAUCGGUGAUAAUGCACUUAAUCAAGGCCAAGCUGAUGCAGUUCUCAAGUCUGGCUUGUACGCCGUGACUAAUGAGACUGUCUACAAUGGUAGCACGGCUUAUACAUCCGUGUACAAUGCCUCUGUCCAUCUCGGCACAGAGGGUCAGUUAUACUAUGCUGGAACACUUCUUCAGUGGAUUGCUGCCGCUUCGUGGGCUUUCAAGUCUCACUGGUUCUAUGUUCAUAACCGUGGAUAUGCUCUCAGUUACUAUGAUUUCUACAAUCUGGGUACAUUCCCCGCUAGUAAGCCUGAGAUACCGUACUACCGGUGUCACAGUGGAGAUCUAUACGCAGUCUUUGGCACUUACUAUAUCUUCGAUCAACCUGUUCGCGUGCCUGAGGAUAUUUACUAUACGAAUGCGGUGCAGGACAUGUGGGGAUCAUUUGCUCGAACGGGGAAUCCGAAUGUUGAGCCUGCUUAA